UAUAAAGCCCCAUUUUCUCGAUCCGCUUUGUAUUAAUCCGACUCCCUCUCUUUUUCUGUCUAUUUCUCUCUCCCUAAAAUCUGAAAAAUCCAUCUACACCUUUUUUUGUCUAUCAAUCAGUUUCUCUAUUUUAGGGUAAUAUGGAGCAUCAUGCUAAAGGAGGUGGAAAUUACAGCCGAAGUGAAGAAGAAUUAAUGGAGCUCCGUCGAGGGCCGUGGACCGUGGAAGAAGACUUAACCCUUAUCAACUAUAUUGCACACCACGGUGAAGGCCGCUGGAACUCACUCGCCACCUGCGCCGAUCUAAGGAGAACUGGAAAGAGCUGCAGAUUGAGAUGGCUAAAUUAUUUACGCCCAGACGUUCGUCGAGGAAAUAUUACUCCUGAAGAACAACUUAUGAUUCUUGAACUCCAUUCUAGAUGGGGUAAUAGAUGGUCAAAAAUUGCUCAACAUUUGCCUGGCAGAACUGAUAAUGAGAUCAAGAAUUAUUGGAGAACAAGAGUCCAAAAGCAUGCUAAACAGCUCAAAUGUGACGUGAACAGCAAGCAAUUUAAGGAAGUCAUGCGUUACCUUUGGAUGCCACGAUUGAUUGAGAAAAUUCAGGCAGGCGCCGCCUCGACCGGGCCGACGGCCGGGAGGACUUCCACCAUCACCACCAUCAACUCUGGCACCAUCCGCGCCGCCAAUUACCAUCUCAAGAACACUAAUCUUGACAUGGGCUCAAGCCAAAUGAUCUUGCCCCAGCCUAACAUGGCUGGCAACUUUAACGGUGCCGUUAAUAUUUACCCUGGCAACUACACGGCGGAAGGUUCCUCCACCGCCGCCUCACCAGAUUCAUUUGGGGCACAAGUUUCGCCGGGUUCAGACCUGACAGAUUGCUAUAAUCAUCCAGUUAAUCACAACAAUAAUCAAGAUUAUUGUCCAACAAACGAGCUACCCUUUCAAGAACCUUUCAAUCAAGUGUUAGAAUUCAACAACAGCAAUUGGAUGGACGGUGGGGAUUUCUGGAUUGUGGAUGAUAUGUUGAAUUCUUACAACAGUGAUUUUACAACAAGUUUGUAAACUAAGAAACCAAAAUUGAUUAAGGAAAAAAUUCCUCAUUUGUAGAAACAAGAUCGAGUCUUCAUCUCAUCAAUUAUAAUAUAAUUUUUAGGUCGCAGACAGUCAACAUAAGUUUUGAUAUACAUGUCUAGAUUAUGGAUUCUUUUGUAUUUGGGGUGAAGGGAGUUUAACUUUUCGGUUAUUUCGAGACAUGUUUGGUAAAAUAAAUUUGUGAUAUAUUUAGUAAAAUAAAAUAUUUCUAUCAAAAUCGUAGUAUAUGUUUUAACUUU